AUGAAGUUCUCCGCCGUCCUGUCCCUCUCCGCCGCCGCCUUGGCCUCGGCCAAGUCCGCCCGCAACAGCUACCCCGUCCGCCGCGAUGCCCACCAGGCGAGGACUAGCGAGCUUCUCGCUGGCCUUCCCUUGGGCAUGACCGGUGCCGGUAUCACCAACUCCCAGGUUACUGAGGUCAUCAUCAUCUGGGCGAACCCCGGUGCCGGUGCUCCCACGGUCAACAUCAACCAGCCCGCCGGCGGCGUCGCCGCCCCCCCCGCCGGUGCUCCCCCGGCCGGUGCUCCCCCGGCUGGUGCUCCCCCCGCCGGUGCUCCCCCCACCGGUACUGCUCCCCCGGCUGGCGCGACCACUCACCACGUUACCGUUGGCGGCGCCGCUGGUCUCGUCUUCAACCCCGAUCAGGUCAAGGCCAACGUCGGUGACAUGAUUGUCUUCACCUUCAUGAGCCAGAACCACACCGUCACGCAGUCCGCCUUCGCCACGCCUUGCGACCCCCUCGCCGGCGGCAUGAACUCUGGUUUCAUGGCCAACCCCAACAACUCGGUGACCCCGCCUCCCCAGGUCGCCAUGCAAGUCAUGGUUUCCGACCCUCUGUGGUUCUACUGCGCCCAGAACGGCCACUGCGGAAAGGGCAUGACCUUCUCCAUCAACCCCACCGCCGCGAAGACCCAGGCCAUGUUCCAGUCCAUGGCCAUCGCCCAGAAGGGUAAGGGCGCUGCUAGCCCCAUCACCGGAGGUACUCCUGCCGCCCCCGCCGCCCCCCCGGCCGGAUCUGCACCCGCCGCUGCCGCUCCUGCCGCUCCCGCUGCUCCCGCCGCCCCUGCUGCGCCCGCUGGCGGCAACAUUCAGCAGGGCUCUGGUCAGAUCAACGGCGCCGGUGCUUGCGUAUGUGCCGUCACCUGCUCCUCUGGCUCGUUCCCCGUCAGCGCUCAGGGCGUCGGCUCUUUCGGCGGCAUGGCUGGUUCUCUCCCCAUGAACAUGAUGGAGGCAUAA